GCAGAAAACUUGCGUUCAGCAGUCGAUUCUAUCAGUGUUUCAAAUGCAAAAUGCUUCAAAUCACGUUUACAAGCCUUUGUGUUUAAAUUUUUUUUAAACUCUUCCAGUUCCCUAUGCUGUCCAGAGCCUUUUUUUCAUCAUGAAAAAUGCAUGCAAACAUUUUCAAGGUACUCAGAUGGACAAAACACUGAACACAGGAUGUUACUACCAAGCUUGUCACACAUUGUAAUGACCGCUUCACACCUCAGACCUCUCCCACCCUUGGAAACAAAAGAUAUGUUAAUGACCAUUCACACCUCAAAUUCCUCUUGA